AUGAGUUUUCUAAGUCCGGAUCUGGAAUUUUUUAUUCAUAGUACGUCAUCUUGUGAUGUGUCAGUAGAGGCUUUAAUGAGAGAUCGUAGUAGGGCUUUACAGUCUAUUGCAAUUCUUCGUCUUUCAGUAUCAGACAAGGUCGCUGCAAUCCAAAUCAACUACAUUAAAGUCCCCGUAGCAGUCAAAAACGAUUCCAAUCGUCCCGUAAUCAUGGACUGCAACUACUCGCUGCGUCCAGAUGACUCGGACCUGGUGGUCAAAUGGUACCUGAACGACGUUCUGGUCUACCAGUGGAUCCCUCCUCAGCAACCACAGAGUUUCGGACCGCUCAAGGACCGGCUCGAUCUGACGUACAGGGCGACGGACGAUCCGAAGAGCGUAUACAGGGCGAUGAAGAUCGUCAAUCCCACCGAUGAAGUCGCCGGAGAGUACAAGUGUUUCGUAUCGACUUUCACAGACGAGGAUUUUUCCGUCAGGCAUAUGAAAGUUUUCGUUCCAGAAAAGUCUUUCGAUAUUUUCAAAAGUUCAUUCGACGAACAAUUCACCAACUUCACUUGUUUGGCUUCUGAAGUAUACCCAGCUCCGAAACUUCUGAUGUACAAAACUUAUAAGGACGAAUUCAACAAGGUACGGUUUCCCACUAUUCAUCGGGAGCUCACUAAGCAUAACACACGGCUAUUUUCUUCCUACGUCAUAGCUACGGCACCAACUAAGACACUGAAUCCGGGGACCUUGAUACUUUGUGAGGUCAGGAUACCUGGUACGGGUUACGUGAGGAUCAAGAGUCUACUGUAUUAUCCAGAAGGUAAUAUAUGA